UUUUUUUUCAUAUAAAUAAAAAGGUGGAAUAAAUAAUUAAAAAUAAAUUUUAAUUUUUAAGUAUAUCUAAAGUAAUACUUUUCAAACAAUUCAAAAAUAAAAUAUUUAAUAAAUAGAAGAUAAAAAUAUGUGUAUAUAAAGAAAAUAUGCGAAAAAAGUGCGGAAAUUGUCGGAGUAUUUUUACACAAAUUUUAAAGUUAUUUGCCAUAUACAGGAAAUUUCAUCUAUAAAGAUCGAAAAAUGUUAACAUAUUUACAAAAAUGAUAAAAAAUAAAAAGUAUUUAAAAGAAAAAUAAAAUGUUAAGGAAAAAUAUAAAUCUAAUUAAAAGCUUGAGGAAAAGAAAUAUAUAGAGACUGCAAAUAAUUUUGUAUAAAAAUAUACGUAAUUAUGAAUGUUAUGCGUAAACUACGUGGAGUCGGAGGAGGCACUGGCCCAAGUAACAUUGCUGCUGGUUCCAAUAUCGGAAGCAGUGGUUUAUCUAAUAUCAAUAUAAUUGAUGAUUCUAGUGGGAACAAUUCUUCCCUUAGUUUAAUGCACUUAAAAAAAUUAUUUAACGAAUAUACACAUCCAAAAGAGGCUUUAAGCGAACAUGAAAGGGAUAUGAAGUUGUAUAAUAUGUUACCCUUAUUUUGCAAGGUGUUUAGUGCAUCUCCUGCUUCAGAUAUGAGUGAAAAGUUUUGGGAUUGCGUAGCGUUUUGCCAACAAGUUUCGAGAUUAAUGGUAGCUGAAAUACGCAAAAGAGCAUCCAAUCAAAGUACCGAAGCAGCUUCCAUAGCAAUUGUAAAAUUUUUAGAAAUCGAAAAUUGUGAAGAAUCAAGCAGUGGUUGGAUGCUGUUAUCAACAUUAAAUAUUUUGGCCAACGGUGAUGUUGCACUGAUUCAGGUAAUGACGUCGGCUGCCGUUCCGUCAACUUUAGUUAAAUGUUUGUAUUUAUUUUUUGAUUUACCUGAAAUUGAAAAUCAACCAAAGUCUACUGAAGAUUCCGUAAUUGCAAAUAUCACCACAUCUACAUCAAGUGAUAAUAAUAUUCCAGCUAUAAAUACAGGAGCUUUAAACGAAUUUUCUCCAGUUGAACGAAGAACCUUAUUGCAAAAGGUUUUUGUGCAACUUCUAGUCAAAUUAUGUUCAUAUCCAUAUCCAGCUGAAGAAUUAUCAAGGAUGGAUGAUUUAACCUUAUUGUUUUCAGCUAUAACAUCUCAAUGCUCAUCUCAUAAUACUAUGUGGAGAAAAAGUGCUGCGGAAGUAUUGACAACGCUGUCUAGACAUGGUUUAACAGAACCAGUAGUUAAUUAUAUUCAUUCCAAGAGUUGCAUGGCCUUAUGCGUGGAAAAUAUGCAGCGGCCACCAGAAUCAAGUCCGUUGGAAGUUGUUGAAAUGUUUGUUACUGUUUUUUGUUUUCUGAAAGACUCUAGUCGAGUAUCACAAGUUUUAUUAGACGAUUUUCGCGCUUCCCAAGGAUACGUAUUUUUAAGUGAUUUUUUGCUCAAAACUUCAAAUUCUUUAAGAAGUAGUGUAUACGCACAACAACAGCCACAGCACCAUUAUUCUGCAAACAAAUCUCAAAAUCAAUCCUCUUCCGGAUGCUCUUCUUUUUCUAAUUCUAGACUAGAAAGUGAUCGGCAACGUUCAAUUGAAGUACAAGCAGCCAUAAGGAAUUUGGUAUUAAUGAUAUCAUCUUUAUGUAUGUGUGGAUAUAAUGAAUUACGACCGAUUCAAAAUCAAACAAAUACACUUUUUAAAAUGCAAAAUUUUCAAAUGCCACAAGUAACUUCACGUGAAACGUGUGUGCGUAACAUACAUGCUUUUCAAGUUUUACAGACUGUUUUCCUAAAAUCAACAUCCUCAGCGCUGUGCUGCACAAUAUUGGAUGCUAUAUCAAGUGUUUAUCACUCAGACAAUGCAAAUUAUUUCAUUUUGGAUUCAGAAAACACAUUGAGUCAAUUUACUGAGAGAAUUCAUAUAAAGGGCCACCAAAUUCAAGAAAAAUUUUUUGAUAUACUUGAAUUUAUAGUAUUUCAAUUAAAUUUUGUGCCAUGCAAAGAACUAAUAUCACUAUCCCUGCUUUUGAAAAAUAAUCAUUCAAAUAGUUGUAGUAUUUUGUGUCUAAAAACUUUAUUAAAUAUCUUGAGACAUAAUGCGGUUUUCAAAGAAGUAUAUCGUGAAGUAGGAUUAUUAGAAGUAUUUGUGGCAUGUUUAGAUCGAUAUUCAGACCAUGUAAAAAAAAUUACUAAUUUGAAUGAAAUGAUAGAAGUUCUGAAUUCCCAAGAAGAUCAAGCUGAUAUUUUAGGAAAGCAUAUACUGGAGGCACUUCAAGUAUUAUUAAAUGGUAAUAACAAUAACGCGAACAUAUUUAGAGAAAGUGGGGGAGCAAAGUGUAUACAUGAAUUAGUGAAAUUUAAACACUGUCGACCUCAAGCACUAGGUAUUAUUAGAGAGUUAAUUUUGUCAACUGGGGGCGAUGACGAUAUGCUAUCUAUUUUAAGUCAAAUGCAUUCGGUUCCAGCAUAUCAAGUUGAAUUUAAAAUCCAAAUAUUAAAUAUGUUAUUGGGUUGUUUGAAAGAUAGUCAUAGAACGAGAACCGUGUUCAGAAAAGUUGGUGGUUUUGUUUACUUAACCAGCGUUUUUGUUUCUUUAGAUGGGAAACUUAAUGAUGGUAAUAACAAAAACAAAAAAUAUAACGAAAUAAAUCAAUAUGAUCUUCUUCUGUUAUUACAAAUGGUAUGUCAAACUUUAGUCACAGCAAUGCGUUUUGAACCAGCAAACGCAAAAUUUUUUCACCAUGAAAUUUGCAAUGCAUCACUAGUUGACACAUUGAAGCUUCUAGGAUGUUUUACAGAAGGAAAAGAAUUAGGAGAAGCGUUUGUAGAGAAUUUUAAACAUGAUGAUCAAUGCUUACGAUAUUUUCAUGAGUUAUUCACUGGAGAAAUUAUAAAUUCAGAAUUUAACGAAAGCAUACCAAAAUCAUUAUCUUACGCUUGUAUUGUUUAUAGAUUGCUCUAUAAUAUAUCUUUAGAUAAUUUUGAAAAACCAAAUUUAAAUGGAGCAAUUAGUUUGUUUCCAGAUCAACAUAUAAGGUCACCUAGUACAGAAUUUCCACCUGGAAGUGUUGUUAAUUCGAACCACAUUAAUUUUGGUCAACAAAUGCCAGAUCCGAGAAUAGUGCAUCCUGGAGUUGUAAUAAGUAUGCUUCAACUUUUGCCAUCAAUAAAACAUGAAGACUCUGAAAAGGGUUUGAAUUUGCAAUUGUAUUUAGCAGAAAUUAUUAAAAGUCUUGUUAGAAGCGAAAGAAACCAGCAGAUAAUGUGUGAUUAUGGAUUAGCUGGUUGUUUGCUGAAAAUAGGAAAGAAAGCUCUAGCAGAAGAAAAAAAUGCUUUGCAUGUCCCAUUACAGUAUAUACUAGAAAGGCUCGCCGCUCAGGCGUUGCAACCUACUGAAUUAAGAGAAUUUUUGAGACUAGGUGAUCCUCUAUCUUGCGCUGAUAUCAAUUUAACCAAGCCUUAUAAAUUGGGAGAUCCUGUUCCUUUGACUCGAAUAAAAACCCUUGUUUCAAUGACCACACCCAGAGAUUUUCGCGCUCAUGGCUCUAGCACUCUGCCCCCUUUUGUAGAACUUGACAUGUCUGUUGAAGGCUUCGGGUGUAUCUAUUUGCCAAGCUUAGCACCUCAGGCUCCAAAUACAGGUGGAACUAUAGAUGCUAAUACAAUAGGAGGAAUUGGAACGGGCGACAGAAUAUUUCCUCCUCAAACUGGACUAUCAUAUACAACGUGGUUUUGCGUUGAGAAAUUUUCAGAUCCAAAAAUUGAUCCCCAUUGUGUUCGAUUAUUAACUCUUGUACGAACAAUUAAUAACCCAAGAGAGGAAAAUUUAGUUUGCUUAUCGAUCUUAUUAUCAGCAGCUGAUAAAGCGAUUGUGGUGUCGACCCAAGAGACUUUAGUUACACCAGGGAAAAAUAUUGGAGAUUGGGAACCAGAAGGCUCCGAUGACUGUAACGCUAGAAUUUGGUGCCCAGAUCUUCACGAAGGACAGUGGCAUAAUCUAGUGGUAGUUCUUAAUAGAGCCGUACUAAAGAAUUCAAGUUUAUCGUUAUACUUGGAUGGAGCUCCGAUGCAUACACAGAAACUUCAUUACAUAUCACAAAAUCCUGGAGCCGGAUCUGUAAAUUUAGCUAUUGCCAGUCAGGUGUAUGGUUACGUGGGAACUCCUCCUAUAUGGAGAAGGUAUUCGCGUUUGUGUUGGAAACAAGGCGUAUGCCAUUUAGUAGAAGAUGUUUUAAAUCAACAAACUGUUCAAACGGUAUAUGCUUUAGGCCCUCAUUAUAUGGGCUCCUUGCAAGCUCCACAAUUAGGAAAACAUGCGGAACCGUUACCGCCUUUGGCUCCAGAAGAAAGAGUGCUUUUAGGUUUGAAUGCAAAAGCAAUGACGCAGAUGACAUUAGCAAAAAUUCGGAAAGUGUACAGUCGAACCGACAAUAAAUCUAUUGCGAAGCAACUUGGAAUGAAUUCACAUGAAAACGCUACACCUAUUAAAAUACUACAUAAUUCAGCUGGCCAUCUUGCCGGUCCAGGGCGAUGCCUAGGAGGAGUGGUUGUUGGUUAUUUGGGUGUAAGAGUAUUUAGCCCACACCCAGUUUCUGCUAUGAUUGAUACCGUUGGCGGCUGCAAUGUGCUUUUGGGCAUAAUAGCUAUGGCAAAAGAUGUAGAAAGUUUGUAUGCAGGGGUAAAAGCUUUAACUUGCGUUGUAAAGUCAAACCGGGCAGCUCAAAAUGAAAUGGAUCGGAAAAGAAGUUAUCAAACCUUGGGAAUGUUUUUUAAGAAAAAAAAAAACCUUUUAAAUUCACAUAUCCUUCAUUUAACUUUUGGACUAGUUGGAACUGUUAACAGUGGUCAAGAAAUGUCUGCUAUUCCAAAUAUAACAGCAUUCCAAGAUUUGUUGUGUGAUUUAGAAAUAUGGCAUGGUGCUCCAAAUGGAUUACUUAGAUCACUAUUAGAGCAUUUAUUAGAGUUGGCAAUUGAGUCGAAUGAAAAACGCCAGAACAUAAAAAUAAUGAGAGAAUUACAGCUUGUUAGUAAACUUUUACAUAUUAUAGUAGAUAUAAAUGAUCAUUCUACGAGAGAAAUUUUAUUUAACUUGAUCGAAACCUUAUUAGGCCAGCAGCCGAAACAUAAUGACUUGUUGCUAUUUGGACAAUAUAUAGCUGCAAAACUACCAAGAACAAACUGUUCUGAGAGAGCAAUAAAUGUGCCUGUUAUGAUAAAAAAAGAUAAAGGUUCCUUAGAUCAAAAUGAUAUUAUAGGACAAAACGUUUACUUAAGAAACCGUUGUCUUUCCUUAUUGCAUGGACUACUGUUUACUCCAAGAAAUACCGUAAAUUAUGUGAUAUGUGAUGAUAUUUCAAAAAUUCUUGGAAUGGAUUGGUUGCUACUCUUCAUGCAACCACAGGUUCACUUUACAACAGUUAUUAUAGCUGUUAGAAUAUUGGUAGUUGUUUGUGCAAACGAGAGCUUUAUGGUUAGAUUUAGGGAUGCAACUCAUAAUGGUGGCUAUUUAAAAUUCACUGAACUUAUUUCACAAAAAAAAAGUAUUUGUCUCGGAGCAACACAAUUAAGCGGUGGGCCAGCUUCCAAUGGGGUUAUGCAAGCAAAUUUAUCUCACUUACCGUCUCAAAUUGCUGGCGAGGUUAAAACAUCCGUUUUACAUAUUCCAGGAUUUCAGAUGCUUGAAUGGUUGCUUCAGCAUCAUUUAGAUGUUCCAGAGUUAUAUUUUUUGAUAACCGCUUUAAUAAUGGGUCAGCCGGUUAAAUUAUUAGCUUCAGAGCAUACAAAGUUUGAUCUAGAUCGAGUUUGGGCAUUCUUAUGGGGCGCCCCCGUAUCUCAUGCAUCAGCAUCUUCUGUUAAAGUUAAUGUCUGUCCUGAGGCUGUUUGUGUGCUUCUUGGUAUGGUUCGUGCUAUUGUACAUAUUAGUGAAACCAUUGAAUGGUUGUAUAAUCAUCCAGAAACUAUAAUUCAAGUAUUAUUUUCUUUAUAUCACAACUUACCCGAUUUUAUGCCUACCAUGAUGUCAGGAGAUGUUAUUACCUCUUUAGUUGCAGUUCUCUUUCCAUUUCCAAAGAAUAGAACUAUAAGUGAAGAAGAAUCCGCGCUUAAUAGUGGAACCUCGACUCCGGACGAUACUAAUAGUGGAAAUUGCGUUUUAAUACGCAGUCAUAAUGUUUCCGUUUCUUACACGUCCCAACUAACCCAACACUCAGUGAGAAAAUUUGUAAUUGAUUUCUUAAGGGUGAUUGUCGUUGAUUCGUUAAGUUUGUCAAUGCACGGUAAAAGUACCCCAGUAAUUGAUUUGGUUUUAGAUGCCUCUCCAGAAUCUGCAGAAAUAUAUCAACAAAUAGAAUUUCAAACUGAAAUUGUAACUGCUUUAAUGGAACAUUUAUUGGCGGCCGACGUCUUGGUCGGUGAACAGGCAGCUCUUCCAAUUGUACCUUUACUGCAAUCUCACGUACAAAAUAUUGCACCAAACGUAUUUUACUUCACUGCGAGAGUAGUUGAUAAGAUGUGGCAAGGAUGUUUAACAAAAAACCCGCAUGAAGUUUUUGACUUUAUUAUUAAAUUAAUUGCUCAAGCAAAAAAACGGUCUUCUGCUCUUUCUUUAGAACAGUUACAUCAUUCGUUAAAUCGAACAAUUUUAUAUUUACUGUCUAGACCCACAGAUUCUAUUACAGACCAGACAUCAGUUUUAGAAGCUUUACAUAAAAUUAUUACAAAUCGUUUGUUAAUCUUUGGAGCAGGCAAUCAUGAAUUGGAGUUUAUUGCCUGCUUAACGUAUUGUUUAAUGCAAUUGACUUCUGACAUGAAAAUUGUUUUAGAACCUUCAAUUAAUAGAGCAACAACAUGGCAUGUUAAUCCACAGAAUGAAGAUAUUGAACCAAGAGAUGAUCAACUAAACCAACUGCAAGGUCGAAAUUUGAUUGUUGGUGCAUCAUUUCGGGUUUGGGAAGAGUUGUACGUAUGUAAAAAACCCGCUAUUGAAGAGGUUUUUAAAGUUUCACUCACUGUCCCAAUAAACAAUUUCAAAGCUCCAGAUUUGCAAACAACCAGGGAACAGGUAAUGGAACUAGCUUCUAAACUUUGGUUUAAUUAUGUGGAUGCCGAGAGAAAAGCUUCAUAUAGAAUUCCGUGGGAGAUACAUAACCAAAUUCAGUCAAAAAUUCAAAAAGUAACCGGCGGGCUAACAAGAUUAGCAAGUCGAACAAAAGUAAAAAAAGAAGAAUUAGUCCGUGUAAAAUCUACUAUGAGUAAGGGGGAAGCAUUUGGAUAUACAGGAAUUCAUGUUCAAUUAAUAAAAGAUCUUUGGGAGAUGCGGGUUAAACAACACAUGCAAAUGCUCCAACAUACCCAGAGAUACGUCUAUCAAGAUUGGAUACUGUCGGAGACUGAAUUAACCCGAGAGCGAGGCCUCUGGGGUUCAGUUAAAACCCCCCCUCUUGAUAAAUGGAUGUUAGACUCAACAGAAGGUCCACAUAGAAUGCGAAAAAAAACUAUGAAAAAUGAUAUAUUUUAUUUGCAGUAUCCUUAUCGGCCUGAAAUUGAAUUACCUGACAAUCGUCAAUUAAAAUAUAAAGUAGCAACCAGUCUUGAUAGUAAAAUUUAUUUUACUUAUUGUCACCAACAACCCCGUAUACUUUGUGAAACCGAUCAUCAAUUUCCAUAUCUGCAACCUUCUUUUGAGAAUAUUACUUCUAAGAUAACAAAUAAACAAUCUAGCGAAAGUAAUACACCACCACAAAGUCCAACAGACGCUAAUAAUGAAAAUACAGUACAAAAAACUAUAGAUGGUGUUCAUGAAGAUGCUGAAGAAGAGGAAGAGGAAGACAUGUCAAUGGUCGCUGAUAACCAAACAUUUUUACGUCUGCUGGAAGAGCAAGAAAAAAUUUCUUACAUGUUUCGAUGUGCAAGAAUACAAGGUUUGGAUACAACCGAAGGUUUAUUGUUAUUCGGAAAAGAACAUUGUUAUAUAGUAGAUGGUUUUACAUUAUUAAAAAAUCGAGAUAUUCGAGAUAUAGAUACGCUUCCACCUGGGGCAUAUGAACCUAUAAUACCGAAUUCUGGUGGUACUUCUCGCUGUGCACAAAAAAUGAGGCAAUGUUCUAAAUUCUCUUAUGAAGAAAUUCGUGAGGUACACAAAAGAAGAUAUUUAUUGCAACCAAUUGCCUUGGAGGUUUUUUCUGAAGAUGGUCGAAAUUAUUUACUAAGUUUUCCAAGAAAAGUUCGAAAUAAAGUAUAUCAGAGGUUUUUAGCACAUGCAACCGCAAUUAAUGAUAAUGCACAACAGUCAGUGGCGGGACAAAAACGUACUGCGAGCGUAGAACAAAGUUCAGGAAUAUUCAGCAGCUUAAUAGGAGAAACUUCCGUGACACAGAGAUGGGUGCGUGGUGAAAUAUCAAAUUUUCAAUAUUUGAUGCACUUGAAUACUUUAGCUGGAAGAUCAUACAACGAUCUAAUGCAGUAUCCAGUUUUUCCUUGGAUCUUGGCAGAUUAUGAUUCUGAAGAAUUAGACUUAGCUAAUUCGAAAACGUUUCGAGAUUUUUCAAAGCCAAUGGGAGCGCAGUCUGAAGAACGUUUGGAACAAUUUCAAAAGAGAUAUAAGGAAUGGGAUGAUCCACAUGGUGAAACUCCACCUUAUCAUUAUGGUACCCAUUACAGUUCAGCUAUGAUAGUUUGUUCUUACUUAGUUCGACUAGAACCAUUUACUCAACAUUUUCUUCGCCUUCAAGGUGGUCACUUUGAUUUAGCAGAUCGUAUGUUUCACAGUAUCAAGGAAGCUUGGCUUUCAGCAAGCAAAUUUAAUAUGGCGGAUGUAAAGGAAUUAAUUCCAGAAUUUUUUUAUCUUCCCGAGUUUCUGACAAAUUCAAACAAUUUUGAUUUGGGGACUAAACAAAACGGAGAUACAUUAAAUCAUGUUGUGCUACCACCAUGGGCAAAACAGGAUACACGUGAGUUCAUACGAAUGCAUCGUAAUGCCUUAGAGUGUGAUUAUGUUAGUCAAAAUUUACAUCUGUGGAUUGAUUUAAUAUUUGGUUGCAAACAGCAAGGUCCUCCGGCUGUUGAGGCUGUGAACGUUUUUCAUCAUUUAUUUUAUGAAGGAAAUGUCGAUAUAUACAACAUCGAGGAUCCCUUAAAAAAAAAUGCCACAAUAGGAUUUAUAAAUAAUUUUGGGCAAAUCCCAAAGCAAUUAUUUAAAAAAAACCACCCGGCAAAAAAAAUGGGUACAUUGAGGCAUUCUGUGAUUGAUUCGUCGUCAUUGAUAAAUGUACCACAAUUAAAUCAAACAGAUAAACUAUUUUUUCAUAAUUUAGAUAAUCUAAAGCCAUCUUUACAACCAAUAAAGGAACUGAAAGGUCCUGUUGGGCAAAUUUUGCAACCCGACAAAACAGUCUUAGCUGUGGAACAAAAUAAAAUAAUGAUGCCACAAGCCUAUACUAGAUAUAUUGCUUGGGGCUUUGCUGAUCAUUCGUUGCGUGUUGGAAUAUAUGAUUCUGAUAAAGCUUUGUUCGUUUGUGAAGCUGCGGCACAAAAUUCGGGUGAAAUAUUAGCAUGUGCUUGUCCAAAUUCGAAAAUGAUUGUAACGGCAGGCACAAGUUCUGUAGUGACUAUUUGGAAAUUCGAUGUAAAUAAAAAAACAUUAACAGUACGGCAUAAUUUACAUGGACACACUGAUGCAGUAACUUGCUUAGCAGCUAGCCCAGCUUACAAUGUAAUUGUAAGUGGCUCGAGAGAUGGGACCGCUAUAGUUUGGGAUAUGUCAAGGUUUACUUUUGUCCGACAACUUAGAGGUCACGUUGGAGUUGUUGCAGCUGUCGCUAUCAAUGAUUUAAGUGGAGACAUUGCUACUUGUUCAGCAACAUGGCUGCAUGUUUGGUCUAUAAACGGAGACGCUUUAGCAAAUGUUAAUACGAGUGUUGGUAGUGCAGAUAGAAUGCAACAAAUAUUAUGUGUUUCAUUUUCCGAAACAAGAGAAUGGGAUCAGCAAAAUGUGAUUAUAACAGGUUCUACUGAUGGUGUUGUUAGAAUGUGGUCGAUGGAAUAUGUUCAAGUCCCUAUCUUUGAGAAAAAAUUAAAGAGGUGCGAAGAGCUAUGUUCCGCAGAAAAGGAAUCACUUGAGAAAGGACAGGAUGCAGAAAUCACAGAAAAGUCUAAAAAAAUUAAUCUUUUUAAUAAAAUUAAAAGUUUAUCUGGGGAAGAAAAUGAAAUUGUUAAGUCAGCUUCUGAAAGCAGUUUAUCAGAAGCAUGUGAUGCUUCUGAUAAAUCCCUCAAAUCAAUUGAAUCUGAAAAGAGAGAUGAAGAUGAUAAUGAAGAAGGACUUAGUCCGUUAAUGGCAGAUUCAGAAAGGAGAAAAAGUAGUAUUGCGGGUACGAAGUCGUUACAUGAGCUGAAAUCUGUAAGUGUAGUUGAUGAACGUCGAGUUCUGGAUAAAACGGGCAGCUUAGUGGACAAAAUAUCUGCUGUAGAAGAAAGAACUAUUAGACCAAGUAAAUCAGAUACCAGUUUGACAGAAUCCUUUGUUGUUAUUGAUAAUGAUGGCAAAAAUAAAACCGAAAAUUUAUUAAGAAAAGGGUUUAAAUGGCAACAGCAACUAGUAUUCCGUUCUAAACUAACAAUGCACACAGCCUAUGAUCGUAAAGAUAAUGCCGAGCCAGCAAGUAUCACUGCUCUUACAGUAUCUAAAGAUCAUAAAAUUAUAUAUGUAGGUGACGCUCGAGGUAGAAUAUUUUCUUGGAGUGUUAGCGAACAGCCUGGGCGUGGGGUAGCUGAUCAUUGGUUGAAAGAUGAAGGUGCUGAUCAAUGUGUGAAAUGUCGCGUCAAAUUUAAUUUAUAUGAACGCAAGCAUCAUUGUCGGAAUUGUGGACAAGUUUUUUGUAAUAAAUGUAGUCGCUUUGAGUCAGAAAUAUCGAGAUUAAAAAUUUUAAAACCAGUUCGAGUAUGCCAGCAAUGUUAUGGCUCAUUACGUUCAGCAUCAAUUGAUCACUAAACAAAUUCUACUAUGGAUAAUACUAAAAUAUGACUUAACUUAAUUAAAAGAAUAAUACAGUAGAAUUUUACUUCACAGUGUAUCAGACAAAUAUGUUAUAUCACAGUGAAUUUUGUAAAGAGAAAAACAUUCUAUUUUUAUGAACAUUAUUGAAACUUCGAUGAAAAUUAUUUGCAUAUUAUGUUAUGUUUUAUGGAAGGCAAUAUAUUUUAUAUAAAUUAUCUUUGAUAAUAUUUAGAUACUUUUAUUUGUGGAAAAUAAUUGUCGGAAUUUGGAUCAAAUUGGGCCUUAAAAAACCCAAACAUUUUGUGCAAAUAUCAUAAUAUAUGUUGAACAUAUGCUAAGGAUACUUGUAUAAAUAUUAAAGCGUGACUCUAAAACAUGAUGCAUACCAUAUUUAUACAUAUCUAUAAAAAAAAUUUCGUUUCCUAUGAAGAUUAAUUGCAUAUUUAGUCUCUCAAUAAUAAAAAAAUUCUAACAUAAUAUGUUAAUGUGGCUGCGUAUAUCAUAUUCAAAUUUUUUGAAUUCCACAAAUAGAAAAAAUAUUCUUUUAAAAUUUGAAAAUAUGUAUUGUAAAACAUUGAAGAGGUUAAAUAAUUGUUUUUUAAUUAUUGCGUUAAGAUAUUGCGUUUUAAUUUGAUCAAUUAAUUUGAUCAAGAUAUUGCGUUUGAAAUUAUUUGGAUUAUUUAUCUUAAUUUAAUUUUCAUCAAUUUCCUGUUUGCAUUAUAGCUGACGAAAACAUAAUCAUGCCUUUGUUGUAUAAAUUUUUGAUAAUUUUCAUUUGAAAAUUCGAUAAUAUGAAUGCAUCUUCUUAAAAUAAAAAAGUAUUGCAACAAUAAACUAAAUGUUAAGGAAAUGACAUUGUAAGAUAAUUUUAUUAAAAUGUGUUAAUUAUCUAGGUAGUA